AUGAUUGACCCCUUCAACGUUAACUUAUCCACGGAUACUAGCAUUGGCCAACAGGGCAACCCUUCGAAUGGCAUGGAUUCAAGCCUGCUCAGCUCCAGACCCAAUCCCUUUGGCAAGAUUGAUUUUCAAAGUAGUUUGCAACCACUAGGUGGCCACCAACAACAACAACAGCAACAGCAACAACAACAACAACAACAACAGCAACAACUGCCGCAGCUGCAUAUUGACCUCGACCCCCUCACUCAGCACCAACAGUUUCAGCCUCAACUGCAGCCACAAGCGCAAUCUGUGCAAUCAAGAUACCUCUACCCGUAUCAACAGCGCAACUAUGAGCCGAAAAAGAUUUGGAACACCACACCGGCAAGAUCGCAACCAGAAAACAUCAAGUUUCAGCAGUUGAAUCCGAUAAGAGAGUCCAUUGGCAGUGGUGGGUUCUUCAAUGACACCUCGACCACCCUAGAUGACACCUCGUUUGACUCCAGCUUCAAGCAAAACGAUUCAAGACUCGCCACGUCGCAACUGUCCAAAGGUUCACUUCAUCUGCAAGGUGUUGCCAGCAGCAGCUCUGGGAAUAAGUAUAUGAAAAACUCGUUGUUGAAUGCUCCUAGUUAUAUUCCCAUGCAGUACGGUGGUAAUGCUAUGAGCGGGAUCAGUAGUAAUAACAAUAAUGGGAGUGGCACUUCCAAUUACAGAUACCAAGCUUCUUCGUCUGCCGAUGCCAGCAAUAAUGCCGCUGUUGCUGCUGCUAGUGGUGGUGUCAGUGGUAGCGUUGGUGGUCCUACUGCUGCUGCUGGUGGUGUUGGUGGUGUUGGUGGUGUUGGUAAUCCUGCUGGUGCUGUUGGUAGUGCUGGUCCUGCUUCUACUCCCAGUCUGAAGUUUGGUGUGCUUGAGUUGGACAAGAGCAUCAAAAGGGAAACAAGUGAUUAUUGGAAAGAAGAGUUGAACAAAUUGAAAGCCGAGUUGCUUAUAAAGAACCAGAUGAUUAAGAAUUUGACCGACCAAGUCAACAUGAUGAACAAGAAUCGAGCCAACAAGACCUAUAUCGAAGUCAAGGACGACGAUGGAAGCUCGUCGCCAGUGGUUUAUCACGUGCCUUCCAACCACUACCAGUUAUUUCAAGACUUGUCAAAGACCUUGCAAGAGAAGAUCACGGAGCUAGACGAGACCAACGAAAGGUUAGAGAUUCUUUUGAUUUCGCAGGAUUUGGUUCAGAAGCAAGGUGGCGCCGCGGGCAUCAACAUUGAGCAGUUGAGCCAGAACUUGUUGUACAAGUUGCAGAAUUUGCAACAAGAGAACGAAGAGUUGAUGAAGAUGGUGAGUUUGGGGAGCAGGUCCAGUUUGAUGGUGGAAAUAGGGAUGUUGAGACACAGGGUCAGGGAGUUGGAGGAGAAACUCAAAACGGGCGAGCAGGAGAAAGCCACCACCGACAACAAGGGUUAA